AUGUCCUCAUUGAUGCGUCAACGAAUUCGGACUAAACCAGAGCUCUUUGAUUUGGUCGGAAAAGUUUUCAAGGUUACCGACACUCAUAAACAAAAUCUCCAACAGGCUCAAAAGAAUAUUCUUGAUGGAACUAGUCAAUGGUCAGCAAAAAUUGCCAUUACUGUGAAAUGCGCUCAAGGCUUAAUAGGAAAGGACAAAACGGGAACUAGUGAUCCCUACGUCACUGUCCAAGUUGGGAAAGUUAAAAAGCGAACGAAAACCGUGCCGCAGGAACUCAAUCCAGUUUGGAAUGAGAAGUUCUACUUGGAUGAGGAUAACGAUCUAAGAUCCAAGCUGCGAUCUAAACUGACUUCCGAAUCAGAUGAUUUCCUUGGACAGACCAUAAUCGAUGUCCGAACCCUGUCCGGUGAAAUGGAUGUGUGGUAUAAUCUUGGUGCGCAAAUACUUGCUGUGCUACAGUUGUUGUCUUGUCUUUCUGUUGUCUGUACCUGGCAUUAG